GGGAAUAAACCCCCUGCGAUUCCUUGGGGAGGAGGCGAGAGGGUUACGCACACAGAGACCCGAAGAAAAACAUAAAAGGAGGAGAAACAUAAAAGGGCCCCAUUGGAGGUAAUAGCUAAGACUCUAGGGAGCCAUUUGUGAAAUCAUUGGAAAGAACUAAGAAUGAAGUGGGAAAAGAGGCAUUUUGAAUUUAAUUUCUCAGGAUGCUGGCAUCUAUGAACUCCCUAAUGGAGAUGAUUGUGAAGGAAAAAGACAGAAAAGUUUCCAGUGUAUGUGAAAAUAUUCAAUGACCAACUGGUAAUAAAUAGACAUUGCAGAACCCAAACAGGGGAGAAUCCUCAUAAAUGCAUGGGAUGUUGAAAGACCAAUGGAAAAAUUAAAUUUAAAUUACGUCAAACAAUCCACAUAGAACGUGGCAAGAGCUUCGUCAAAGAGAAAUACAGGAGAAAUCAUAUGAGUGCUUUGUGUGUAGAAAGGGUUCCAGUCGGCAUGGCACUUUUGCAUGAAAAAGCCCACACAGGGAAGAAACCAUAUAAAUGCUUGGUAUGUCGAAAAAACAUGGGAGAAGCCUUAGAAAUGCAUGGAGUGUGGAAAGAGCUUCAGUUGGAGUACAAGCCUCACUAUACAUCAAAGAACUCAAAUUGGUGAGAAGCCCUAUAUGUAUAGAAUGCGGAAAGGCAUAUAACUGCGCAGACUGUAGAAAGAGUUUUAGAUGUAGUGGUACCCUUGCCUUACAUUUGAGAAUGCACUCGGAAAAACCAUAUGAAUGCUUAGUGUGUGGAAAGAGCUUCAGUCAGAGGGCACAUCUUAAUACACACCAAAGAACCCAUACAGGGGAGAAACCAUAUAAAUGCAUAGUGUGUGGAAAGAGCUUCAGUCAGAGGGCACAUCUUAAUACACACCAAAGAACCCAUACAGGGGAGAAACCAUAUAAAUGCAUAGUGUGUGGAAAGAGCUUCAGUACCAGUGGAAGUCUUAAUACACAUCUAAGAACCCAUACAGGGGAGAAACCAUAUAAAUGCAUAGUGUGUGGAAAGAGCUUCAGUCAGAGUGGACAACUUAACAAACAUCUAAGAAGCCACACAGGUGAGAAGUCAUAUAAAUGUAUGGAAUGUGGAAAGAGCUUCAGUGAUAGUGGACAUCUUAAUAUACAUCUAAGAACCCAUACAGGGGAGAAACCAUAUAAAUGUAUGGAAUGUGGAAAGAGCUUCAGUGAUAGUGGAAGUCUUAAUACACAUUUAAGAACCCACACGGGUGAGAAACCAUAUAAAUGCAUGGUGUGUGGAAAGAGCUUCAGUCAGGCUGGAUGUCUUAAUAUGCAUCUAAGAACCCACACGGGUGAGAAGCCUUAUCAAUGUAUAGAAUGUGGAAUGAGCUUCAGUCGGAGUGGAAAUCUUAAUACACACCUAAGAACCCACACAGGUGAGAAACCAUAUAAAUGCAUAGAGUGUGGAAAGAGCUUCAGUGAUAGGGGAAGUCUAACUAAGCAUCAAAGAAUCCACACAGGUGAGAAGCCCUUUCAAUGCAUGGAAUGUGGAAAGAGCUUCAGUGAGAGUGGAAUACUAACUAAACAUCAAAGAACCCACACAGGUGAGAAGCCAUAUAAAUGUAUAGAAUGUGGACAAAAGUUCAGUGCGAGUAGCCAUCUUAAUACUCAUCUAAGAAGCCACAUGGGUGAGAAGCCCUAUCAAUGUAUGGAAUGUGGAAAGAGCUUCAGUCAGAGUGGACAUCUUCAUAUACAUCUAAGAACCCACACGGGUGAGAAGCCAUAUAAAUGUAUGGAAUGUGGAAAGAGCUUCAGUGAUAGUGGAGGUCUAACUAAACAUCAAAGAACGCACACAGGAGAGAAGCCAUAUAAAUGCAUAGAGUGUGGAAAGAGCUUCAGUGAUAGUAGAAGUGUAACUAGACAUCAAAGAAUCCACACAGGUGAGAAGCCCUAUCAAUGCAUGGAAUGUGGAAAAAAGUUCAGUCAGAGUGGCCAUCUUAAAACUCAUCUAAGAAGCCACACGGGUGAGAAGCCCUAUCAAUGUAAGGAAUGUGGAAAGAGCUUCAGUCAGAGGGGACAACUUAAUAAACAUCUAAGAACCCACACAGGUGAGAAGCCAUAUAAAUGCAUGGUGUGUGCAAAGAGCUUCAGUCGGAGUGGACAUAUUAAUACACAUCUAAGAACCCACACAGGUGAGAAACCAUAUAAAUGCAUAGAGUGUGGAAAGAGCUUCAGUGAUAGGGGAAGUCUAUCUAAACAUCAAAGAACCCACACAGGUGAGAAGCCAUAUAAGUGUAUGGAAUGUGGAAAAAAGUUCAAUCAGAUUGGCCAUCUUAAUACUCAUCUAAGAAGCCACAUGGGUGAGAAGCCCUAUCAAUGUAUGGAAUGUGGAAAGAGCUUCAGUCAGAGUGGACAUCUUCAUAUACAUCUAAGAACCCACACAGGUGAGAAGUUAUAAAUAUGCAUAGAGCGUGGAAAUAGCUUCAGUCGGAGUGGACAUCUUAAUAGACAUUUAAGAACCCUCCUAAAGGAGAAAAUAUUUGAAUGCCUGGUGUGUGGAAAGAGGAGCGAAAAUCAGAGCUUCAGUCAGAGUGAAAAUCUUAAUAAACAUCAAAAUUCCUACAAAGGGGAGAAACAAUAUAAAUGCAUAGAGUGUGGAAAGAGUUUAGGUCAGACUGGAGACAUUACAUCAAAGAACACACACAGGUGAGAAGUCAUAUAAAUGCAUGGAAUGUGGAAAGAGCUUCACCUGGAGUGCAGCCCUUAAUAAACAUCAAACAACCCACACAGGAGAAACCAUAUAAAUGCAUACAGAGCUUC